GCUUUCCUUCAGGUCGAGCAGCAGCGUGGAGUCAGAGCGGUGUGUUUGGGAGCAGUUACGGCUUCAUUCUGCGAGAAUAGCGACUUCUAGCUGAAUCGGAAUGGACUCGUCAAUGAGUGCAGCACAAAUCCGCGAGAAGUUCAUCGACUUCUUCCGUCGCUAUGAGCACCAAUAUGUUCACUCGUCCGCCACCAUCCCCCUGGACGACCCCACGCUGCUUUUCGCCAACGCCGGCAUGAACCAGUUCAAGCCCAUCUUCCUCAACACCAUCGAUCCGUCCCACCCCAUGGCCAGGCUGCGUCGCGCCGCCAACACCCAAAAAUGUAUCCGCGCAGGGGGCAAGCACAACGACCUGGACGACGUGGGUAAAGACGUCUACCACCACACCUUCUUCGAGAUGCUGGGGUCCUGGUCGUUCGGGGACUACUUCAAGCAACUGGCCUGUAAGAUGGCCUUGGAGCUGCUGACCAAGGAGUUUGGGAUUCCCAUCGAACGCCUGUACGUCACCUACUUCGGAGGUCACGCUGACGCAGGCCUGGAACCCGACCUGGAGUGCAAACAGAUCUGGAUCGACCUCGGGAUGGAGGAAGCUCGCAUCCUGCCAGGCAGCAUGAAGGAUAACUUCUGGGAGAUGGGAGACACGGGUCCCUGCGGCCCCUGCAGCGAGAUCCACUACGACCGCAUUGGAGGGAGAGACGCCUCUCACCUGGUGAACAUGGAUGACCCCAAUGUCCUGGAGAUCUGGAACCUGGUGUUCAUCCAGUUCAACAGAGAGUCAGAGACAGAGCUGAAGCCGCUGCCUAAGAAGAGCAUCGACACAGGGAUGGGUCUGGAGCGCCUGGUGUCAGUGCUGCAGAACAAGAUGUCCAACUAUGACACUGACCUCUUCAUCCCAUACUUUGAUGCCAUUCAGAAGGGUACUGGUGCUCGACCAUACACCGGUAAAGUAGGCGCCGAGGAUACUGACGGUAUCGACAUGGCCUACCGUGUGCUGGCCGACCACGCCCGCACCAUCACCAUCGCCCUCUCAGACGGAGGUCGGCCUGACAACACAGGAAGAGGCUACGUGUUGAGGAGGAUCCUGCGUCGUGCCGUGCGUUACUCCCACGAGAAGCUGGGAGCUCAGAAAGGUUUCUUUGCCUCUCUGGUGGAUGUGGUGGUUGAAUCCCUGGGUGAUGCCUUCCCAGAGUUGAAGAAAGACCCCGAAAUGGUGAAGGAUAUUAUUAAUGAGGAGGAGAUGCAGUUCCUUAAAACCCUCAGCAGGGGACGCCGUAUCCUCGAUAGGAAGAUCAUGAGCCUGGGAGACAGCAAGACCAUCCCAGGUGACACAGCAUGGCUGCUGUACGACACAUACGGCUUCCCUUUGGACUUGACCUCCCUCAUCGCAGAGGAGAAGGGUAUGGAGGUGGACUUGGCCGCCUUUGAAGAGGAGAAGAAGGCAGCACAGCUGAAGUCUCAGGGUAAAGGCGCAGGAGACCAGGACCACAUCAUGCUCGACAUCUACGCCAUCGAUGAGCUGCGAAACAAGAAGACCCCCGCCACAGACGACUCUCCCAAAUACAAAUACACCUCAGACGACAGCGGCAGCUACGACUUCCAUCAGACCUCAGCCACAGUGCUGGCUCUGCGCCGCGACCGCGCCUUCUGCGACGAAGUGAUCACGGGUCAGGAGUGCGGUGUGCUGCUCGACCAGACGUCCUUCUACGCCGAGCAGGGAGGACAGACGUUUGACGAGGGUUACCUGCUCCGAGAGGACGACAGCACGGAGGACCGGAUGGAGUUCACAGUGAAGAACACUCAGGUGAGAGGAGGCUACGUUCUCCACGUGGGCACCGUCUACGGAACACUGAAGGUUGGAGACCGCGUCACACUGCAUGUAGACGAGGCUCGUCGUAGGCCCAUCAUGAGCAACCACACAGCAACACACAUCCUCAACUUCGCCUUGCGGGGGGUUCUGGGGGAGGCAGACCAGAGGGGCUCCCUGGUCGCCCCUGACCGCCUGCGCUUUGAUUUCACUGCUAAAGGUGCCCUGAGCACGGGGGAGGUCCGGCGGACGGAGGAGAUCGCUUGUGCCAUGAUCAGAGACGCCAAGCCCGUGUACGCCAUGGAAGCCCCCCUCGCAGGAGCCAAGGCCAUUCAGGGUUUGCGUGCCGUGUUCGAUGAGACUUACCCCGACCCCGUCCGAGUCGUGUCUAUCGGCAUACCCGUUCAGGACCUGCUGGACGACCCCAACAGUGCAGCUGGUUCGCUCACCUCCAUCGAGUUCUGUGGUGGAACCCAUCUGCAGAACUCGGGUCACGCCGCUCCGUUUGUCAUCGUCUCAGAGGAGGCCAUCGCUAAGGGCAUCCGCCGCAUUGUUGCUGUGACAGGAACAGAGGCCCAGAAGGCCCAGAGGAAAGCCGACGCACUGCAGCAGUCUCUGUCUGCCCUGGGAGACAAGGUGAAGCAGCAGACGGCCCCAAAUAAGGACGUACAGAAAGAGAUCGCUGACAUGACGGAGUCGAUAGGCACAGCUGUGAUCUCUCAGUGGCGGAAGGACGAGAUGAGGGACACCCUGAAGAGCCUGAAGAAGACCAUGGACGACCUGGACCGCAACUACAAGGCCGACAUCCAGAAGAGAGUCCUGGAGAAGACCAAGGAGGUGAUCGAAAGCAGCCCCAACCAGCCGCUGCUAGUGAUGGAGAUGGAGACGGGAGCGUCGGCUAAGGCUCUGAACGAGUCCCUGAAGCUGCUGAAGUCUAACUCUCCUCAGACCGCUGCUAUGCUCUUCACCGUAGACCCCGACGCUGGAAAGAUCACCUGCCUGUGUCAAGUUCCACAGGAUGUGGCCAAGCGCGGACUGAAAGCCAGCGAGUGGGUUCAGGAGCUGUGCCCCCUGCUGGACGGCAAAGGAGGCGGCAAGGACAUGUCGGCCCAGGCCACGGGCAGGAACACACAGUGCCUGCAGGAGGUGCUACAGAUGGCCAACGAGUUUGCACGGCUCAAACUGGGAGAGAACUGAGAGGAGCGUUUAAA